UUAUAGGGAAGCGAUUUAGCAGGGGUGGGGGAUGUAGGAAGCUAGAGUUAGAGGUAAUCCGCGAGGCUAGAAUCCCGAGCGUGGUCGGUUGGAGCCAAAAUGUCUGUCCGAAGGCACAUUGGGAAUCCUGAGUAUCUGACAAGACGGAUACCACAAAACCCAAGGUAUCAACAUGUCAAGUCAAGACUGGAUACUGGUAGCAGUAUGACUAAAUACACCGAGAAGCUAGAAGAGAUCAAAAGAAAUUAUAGAUACAAAAAAGAUGAACUUUUCAAGAGACUAAAAGUUACAACUUUUGCUCAGCUGGUCAUCCAAGUGGCUUCCCUAUCUGAUCAAACACUAGAAGUGACAGCUGAGGAGAUUCAAAGACUAGAAGACAGUGACUCCAGGACUUCCGAUCCAGAUGCUGAAAUCACAGCCAGGACCAACGGGCAAGGAAGCCCGGGUGAGCAGCCACCAAGCCCCAUCCAGUUCAUAAAUAGUGCAGGAACAGGGGACUCCAGCCGCUCAACUCUUCAGAGUGUCAUCAGUGGUGUUGGGGAGCUGGACGUAGACAAAGGGCUAGUGAAGAAAGCUGAGCCCAGUACCAAAGACAAGCCUUAUCCUGACUGCCCCUUCCUGCUGCUUGAUGUACGAGAUAGGGAUUCUUACCAGCAGUGCCACAUUGUUGGAGCUUACAGUUACCCAAUUGCAACUCUUUCUAGGACCAUGAACCCUUACUCAAAUGAUAUUCUGGAAUAUAAAAACGCCCACGGCAAGAUCAUCAUCCUGUACGAUGAUGAUGAGAGACUGGCCAGCCAGGCAGCCACCACCAUGUGCGAGCGAGGAUUUGAGAACCUCUUCAUGCUUUCCGGAGGUCUAAAAGUUUUAGCUCAGAAAUUUCCAGAAGGACUGAUUACGGGUUCCCUGCCAGCAUCCUGCCAGCAACCCCUUCCUCCUGGUUCUACCCGGAAACGAUCCAGCCCCAAAGUGCCACCCCUUCCAGCUGAGAAUAAAUGGAGAUUCACACCAGAGGACUUAAAAAAGAUCGAAUAUUACCUGGAAGAGGAACAGGGCCCAACAGACAACCUGAGCCGACUGAGCCAAGCAAACGCCUCUGGAAGAGACUCGAAGGUUCCAGGCACUCGUGGCAGUCAGAACCCUGCCAGCCACUCGAACCCCCGCUCACUGGGCAGUGGCCAUGCGCAAGUCAAACCCUGGAAGUAAAGGCUUUGUGUAUCUUAGCUGAAUAAAUGUCUCUCUCCUUUUGAAACCCCUGGGCAGUUCCCAAGCUGGUCGUUUUCAGAAACAACUGCAGAGCAAAGGCCGAGGCACGUGUGGUGGGAUUGCUCCCCUCUCCCUGGCUCCCACACCCAGCUCAGGAAGGAUUUGGAAAAAACAGACAUGAUAGGCUCUAGUGUCCUUCCUAUUGUUUACAGAAUAUCCCAGCCUCUGCAACUGAGUAACAAAAAUAGAGUCUAAUUAUUUUAGGCUCUUACUAUUAUUUGUUUUUAAUAAGGUGCAGCUUGCUUUGGUCUAUAGCCUAUGUUGUUUUGUAAACACUUCAUUCACAUCUGGUGCGUUCUUUCCAACCAGUCCUUUUUCACACUCACAGUUUUUGGUUUCUGGAAGAUUUUUCAGGGAGACUUCACAGCCCAAGAAGCCAUCCCCUGGGAUGUGGGUGAGUCCUAGGUUUUAAGUACCCCAAAGUUACCCCCCCCACACACACACACACGUACACACACAGCCAUGGUGGGCUCAGUGGUUGAGGAACUCAGUUCCCAGCACUCUGUACUCUGAGUCUGGAAGCUGCUAGCUGUGAGAAUCCUCGGCCUUGAGGUUUUCGUCCAGCUGCUCUCGAAACUUCCCGAACAUUGCUCCUGGCUUGUGCUGUUCUGCAGCCAGACAGGUGAAACUGCCUUCACAUAGCGAGUGAGCAAGGGCCCCUCACAGGAAAGCCCUGUCAGUUGUGAGAGUCAGAGAAAGUCAUCACCCCUCCCGCCCCCGUCCCACCAGCCACCCCUCAUUUGUGGUCGGUUUAUCAGUUGUAAAUUUCCACUGCCCUCCUCACAUCCAUCCAUCCAUCCAUCAGAGAUGGGUGGAAAUUACGGCCACUUGAAAACAUAGGCUUCAGUCGGGCAACUGUGGGACACACAAAGGCAAGGACGACUCCACAGCCCUUUGUCAGAGCUGACAACCCUUUAAGCCCUUGCUUUAAAAUACAGUAUUAGUCUAAUUGAGUAAUUAGUGCAAUUUCCUGCUUACUUUUCAUUCUCGGGGACUGAGCUGUGAUUAGGAGGUUGUGAUUAUAGAUUCUGGUUUGGGCCAGAAUUUUGAAUCAGCAUUAAUUGAAUUGCUCGGUGACUGACAUUCAUUCCAUUUAAUUGGGGGAACAAAAGACCUCAGGUAAGGCUGAGGAACUCUGAAAUUAUCAGGAAAAGGAAAAGAGCCUUGUUAAUUUUUAUGGUCUGUGAUCUGUAGCUGUGAUAAGGGGCUAAGGAAUAAAUUGUGCUCUUUGUCAUGGCAACCAGCUUCAGAAAAGCCAACUGAAAAUUGCCUAUCCUUGGGUGGUUACGGCUGCGGGUAAGAUCAGCCUUAACGGGACUAUUUUCUCAGCACCAAAAGAAAGAAAAGAAGAAGGAGGAGGA